UUAGACUAUUUGAUUGUUUAUUACAUGAGUAGGUUCUUUUUUCCAAGACAACAGGUCUCCACAGCAGGGUUCCUCAAAAUGCAUUAGGGGUGGGAAUCACAGGGUAACCCUCACAAUAUGAAACAUGAUACAUGGUCCAUGAUACCAAUAAUAUCACAACACAAUGAUUCUAUGAUAAUCAAUACAUUACAUGACUAUCAAAUGGCGACACAUCACAAUAUCUGUCCGACUGAAGAAAACAAAAUGUCAGUGAAAGAGUUAAAAGUGCAGGAUUUCGCUAUUUAUUCACAACAUAUGAUAUAAAGUCUUUGUAUUGAACGGAGGAUGGAUGGAGCAUCUCUUAAUUUAGCUUUCUCCACCAUUAUCACUGUGAACUCCCUCUUCUUCGGCCAGGUCAUCAAUUUGAGCGGCGCCACCACGAGGAGGCAUGAAGUAGUGACAGCCAGCGAGUGAAACUGGCAGCGACCGUUUACUGUCGAGCACGAUAAAUAACGAUAUUUGCCCUGGCGUAUCGAUUACCGUCUUGCACAAGGAAUGACGGCGGUAUAUCACCAAAUCAAUAUUUUAGGUAGGGCUGGAAUGGUAUGCUUUUGUUACGAUUAGAUUGUAUCAUGAUACUCGAGUACUGAUACCAUUUGGUAUCGCACUGUGUGAGCAGUCAGGUCGCAUCCGAACAUCGGACCGCGUAGUGUGCGUACGUAAAUCGUGAGCUUUUCAUCAGAUGCAUCAUACAGUUUGAACUUUACAGUACAGUGUUAGAUGAUGUGCGCCCUCUGCAGGUUAAACGUAUUCACCCAACAAGUGAAGUCCAGAGAAAUGACACACAAGCAACAGACGUGGUUGGUGAUAGUUGACAAUCCUAGUUACAAUCCCUAUUAUGUCACUUAUUAUUAUACAGUGGAUCUAUAAGCAACUUUAUCUGCUAUAUUUUGUUAAUAAACAGUUAUAUUUAAUCAGAUAGAAGAAUAAAAGUUUUAUUUUUUAAAUAUGGGCCAUAGAGCAACCCAUAUCGAUCGACCUCUACCCGUUGAGUAAUGUCAGAGUAAUGUUUUGGGUAUAUGUGGGAGGAGUCAGGUGUGAAUCACAACAGCAGAUCUACAGACGCUCUGAUACACUGUGCAAAUCUGUGCGCGGUGACGUCAGACAGUUUACAGAUCAGUGCAACUCUUGUUUUGCUCUCCUCGACGUCCUCCCAAAAAGUUUUUUGCACGUCGCGCGACCCCUCAACACCCUUGUCCUCUUCAUGGACUUAAUGCUUCCACUUUACCCACCAGCUGUGGCGUGGAUAUGGACGUGUCGUAGCCACGCUUGCUGUGCUGCUGCUGCUGCUGCUGCUGAAGGGUUUUCCGUAUGUUGACCGGAGCCUGUUGCAAGUGUCCAUUCUCUCUAUCCGCGUUCAAGCGCUCUCUCUCGGUGGCGCCGCGGGGCUGCGGGUCCGCCUCGCCGCCGCGGUCCCUGCUGCCAGGCUGGAGAUUAGGGGAACGCGGCCUGCAGGAGGCCGCCCGAGCCCGCAGCGCCGUUAGACCCGCCAGCUUUUACCGACACUCGGCCUUCUUCUGUCUCUCCUGUCAGGAGUCCAUGAGCGAGAGUCUGCGGACCUGUUAUGUGUACUUGAACCAGACCAGCCGCAGCUUUGCAGCCGUGAUUCAAGCACUGGACGGGGAGUUGAGGCAUGCAGUUUGUAUUUUCUACUUGGUGUUGCGAGCGCUGGACACAGUGGAGGACGACAUGACUAUCCCCCUGGACAAGAAGGUUCCCAUGCUGAAUGAUUUCCACACCUUCCUGUACCAGGAUGAGUGGUGUUUCACUGAGAGCCAGGAGAAAGACCGACAGGUUCUGAACGAUUUCCCUACGAUAUCACUGGAAUUUCGAAACCUCGCUCAGGAAUACAGAGACGUCAUCUCGGAUAUCUGCCACCGCAUGGGAGUGGGAAUGGCUGACUUCCUUGAGAAGAAAGUGGGAUCCAUGAAGGAGUGGGACCAGUAUUGCCACUAUGUGGCAGGUCUGGUUGGCAUUGGUCUGUCUCAGCUGUUCUCUGCGUCCCAGCUGGAGGAUGCUGAGGUGGGGCAGGACACCAAGCUGGCCAACUCCAUGGGCUUGUUCCUCCAGAAGACCAACAUCAUCCGGGACUAUCUGGAGGACACACAAGAGGGACGUGCCUUCUGGCCAAAAGAGGCUUGGAGUCAGUUUGCAGGUCGUCUUGAGGACCUGGCUCAACCGGAGAAGCUGGAGUCGGCUUUGUCGUGUCUCAACCUGCUGAUCACCGACGCCCUGCGACACGUCCCAGAUGUUAUCACGUACCUGUCCCGUCUCCGCAACCAAAGCGUCUUCAAUUUCUGUGCUAUUCCACAGGUGAUGGCAAUAGCUACAUUAUCAUCAUGCUACAACAACCCCAUGGUGUUCAAGGGAGUGGUAAAGAUAAGGAAGGGACAGGCUGUCACCCUCAUGAUGGAGGCCACCAACAUGAGAGCAGUGCACACCAUUAUCUCCCACCACAGCGAGGAGAUUUUACAGAAGGUCUCCCUGACUGACCCAUCACGAGACAAGACACUGCACAUCCUGGCUCUCAUCCGGGAGAAGUCCACGCUGUCACAGUCCAGCUUUCCCUCCAGGACCCACCACCUGUCGCCCAUGUACUUAUCUGCUGCCAUGCUGCUGGCCGCGCUCAGCUGGCAGUAUCUCAGCACCACUGCGGCACAGGCACAGGGCACCAGUGACAUGCAGGGAAAGUGAACCUCAUCGCCCUCAGCUCUCCUGGGGGCUACAGACUCAGAAAAGCCCCCUGGAGGUCUGGUUCCCCUCUCAUCAUAGAAAUCUCAAACAUAUCUUCCCUGAUUCUUCCUCGUUGGUACAGACGUUACAGCAUCAAGGACAUAUUUAGUUUUUAGGAGGUUCUGGUUGCAGGCUGAUCUAAUCACCAUGGGAACGAUAGUGAAAUGUUGUAGUCCAUUCGACAUCUGGAGUAAAAGUCUUUACACACAAUUUAGUGUGGUUAUAUUCACCAGCAUAAAUGACACUUUGAACAGGGUGUGUUGUCCGUUAAUAAUUUACGCAAAUCAUUUGUUUCUUUGUAUUUUUGAUUAGUGUGAAAUAUUUUUGCCUUUUUGUUUUGUCUUAAAUUUCAGAAUUCACAGCAAAAAAUAUAAUAGAUGCGUUAUUCAGCCGAGUAGGCCGAAUUGUUUCUGUAUGCAAGACAAGACAAGACAAGACACUGCCUAUUUUUAGGUGUUUUCAGGAACACGGUUACAAAACAGUUUUCUUUUAAUUCUCCUCAAAAUAUAUUUUUCAUGUCCAAACAAAGCUGGCUUGGUAUUUUAUACUUAAAAGUGUCUGUGGGAGACGCACCUGCCAGAGCAUUUACGAUGUAGAUGUACUGUGUAGAUCAUGCGGGGAACAUCCCAGUAACACGCUUCUGUCUGUAUUCAUUCUACUCUCUGUACUUUGACAUAGGAGAAAAAGGAAAAAGAACGGUGCGAUUUAAGGGCUGGGGUUAGGUUUAUUAGACAUGGGGUGUGGACGUGAAUACGGGAGAAUAAAGAAAAAAAAUGACACAAAUGUCACAAUACAUGAUGUAUGUUUAUUGAGACGGCUAGCUGAAGUGUCCUUAAUACAGCUUUGGUGAGUAGAAAGGCCAGCACAGUAACCUUGCACAGAACCAAAGGAGAGCUACAAACAUUGCUAUGUAAUGUGAAUUUCUGAUUUGUAUAUAUUUGAACAAAUAAAGAGGUGAAAUGAUCUAAA